CUCCGCCCUCCCUUCCAUUCCUCCUCCAUCUUUAUCUUUGUCAACCUUCCUAUCUCCCAGUCCCUUUUUCCCUUGUCCAUCUCUCAUUCCUUCCGUCUUUCCUCUCCCCCCUCCCUACCCUCAUCGCUUCCCUCCUUUACACUGCCCUGAGCUUCCAUCUUACCCCAUACACUCAUGAUGAAGGGCAUCCUCGGCCUUUCCGUGCUCCCGCUGCUGGCGGCUGCAUCGCCUGUCUUUGUUGAUUCUAUCCACAAUGGAGCCGCUCCCAUUCUCUCCGCAUCCAACGCAAAGGAGGUUCCCGAUUCAUACAUUGUUGUUUUCAAGAAGCACGUCACCUCGGUCUCGGCCGCCGCUCACCACAGCUGGGUGCAGGACAUCCACUCCUCUCAAAGCCAAAGCCAGCGGACCGAGCUGAAGAAGCGGUCGCUCUUUGACUUUGGUGAAGAAGUCUAUCUUGGUCUCAAGAACACCUUCGACAUCGGUGGCUCCGUGAUCGGUUACAGCGGCCACUUCCACGAGGAUGUUAUCGAGCAGGUCCGCAUGCAUCCUGAUGUCGCCUACAUCGAGAGAGACUCCGAGGUUCACACCAUGGAGGUGAACACUGAGAAGAACGCACCCUGGGGAUUGGCCCGUAUCUCCCACCGUGAUAGCCUCACCUUUGGCACGUUCAACAAGUACCUGUACGACUCUGAGGGCGGUGAGGGCGUUGAUGCCUACACCAUUGAUACCGGCAUCAACGUCGACCAUGAGGACUUUGAGGGCCGUGCCACUUGGGGCAAGACCAUUCCUAACAAUGACGAGGACCUUGACGGCAAUGGGCACGGAACUCACUGCUCUGGUACCAUUGCCGGUAAGAAGUACGGUGUGGCCAAGAAGGCCAACCUCUACGCUGUCAAGGUCCUGAGAUCGAGCGGCUCUGGCACGAUGUCCGACGUCGUUCAGGGUGUCGAGUGGGCUGUUGAGUCCCACCUGAAGAAGGCCAAGGAUGCUAAGGCCGGUAAGGUUAAGGGUUUCAAGGGUAGUGUUGCCAACAUGAGUCUAGGUGGUGGCAAGUCGAAGACCCUCGAGGAUGCUGUCAACGCUGGUGUUGAGGCUGGCCUUCACUUUGCUGUUGCCGCCGGCAAUGACAACGCUGACGCUUGCAACUACUCUCCCGCUGCUGCUGAGAAUGCCAUCACCGUCGGCGCUUCGACCCUCGGCGACGAGCGUGCUUACUUCUCCAACUAUGGCAAGUGCACCGACAUCUUCGCUCCUGGUCUUAACAUCCUGUCCACCUGGAUUGGCAGCAAGCACGCCACCAACACCAUCUCUGGUACCUCGAUGGCUUCUCCUCACAUCUGCGGUCUCUUGGCCUACUUCGUCUCCCUUCAGCCUGAUGCCGACUCUGCUUUCGCUGCUGGCGAGCUCACUCCUGCCAAGCUCAAGAAGGACUUGAUCUCCAUUGCCACUGAGGGUGCCCUUACUGACAUCCCAUCGGAUACCCCUAACCUCCUCGCCUGGAACGGCGGUGGCUCCAGCAACUACACCGACAUUGUUGCCAACGGUGGCUACAAGGUCUCCACCAUCAAGGAUCGCUUUGAGAACCUGGUUGACAAGGCCGAGAAGAUGCUCUCUGAGGAGCUUGGCGCUAUCUACAGCGAGAUCCAGGACGCCGUCAUUGCAUAGAUUUGAUUUUUUGUUUCACAGACCUAGUUUGAGUUUUUGACGUCAAGACAACAGCUUGAGAUCAAGACAAGAGCAGGUCGGACAUUGGCGCUGGCUUUUUUUUAUCCUAUUGCUUUGGAGUUGAUGCAUUGAGUGCGUCAAUUGUACCAUCCUGAUAUUAUCCACCCGUCUGACCUAUCCUUAUGGUAGUAUACAUGUCGCAAAGAACCUAUGACGCUUUGAUUUAGAAUUUUUGGGUGCUUUUACCAGAUUGUCAACUUGUUACGAUUAUUAGAGAAAUG